AUGCCUGAUUUUUUUGGCAUUUCCCCAGAGUCGCUAGAGCCGGGUGUGGAAGUGCAUGACUUCCCGCGUCCAGCCCUCGGGCCUUUCGACUGGGGUUUGGCGCGCGACGGGUACCCGCCUGUGAAGGGCUUUUCAUUCGUCACCCGGGGGACGACUGUGUCGCUCCGCGGAAAAGCGUUUCUGGCUGACGACGACCUCUGGCUAGUUGCGUUUGUGCCCAAGCGCACACGGCGGAGCGGGGAGCGCCGGCACGCCGCUCCACCACUGAGACAGAAACCCACAUCUGUGCGUUCGACUCCGCCUCCGCACGCCAUGACUUGUGUGCCUUCAAGCUGCCUCGCUCCCCUUCCCCGCGAAAUGGGGGAAGGUGCGAAUGUUUGCCUGAGAGAGCCGGAAGCGCGGGCACGAGGGCACACUAAGAGCGCGUCUACGGAGGCGGCUGAUAAGGAGGAAACGCGACCAGGUAAAGAUGUCACAAUGUAUUCAGGUUUGGAUUUUAUACAGGAGAUAGUCAGUCGUCUUCGCUUAAAAGGGACGAGUAAAGGCGGCAUCGCAGUAGGGGACGGAGGCCCAGACGGAGCAGUUAAACGGCUUCCUUACGGCGACGGCGUCGAUGCCCAGCGGGGGGAGCAAAUGCCACUCUGCGGAAAGGCGAAAGAAGGAGAGACAGCCCAACGGUGGGAGACACGGGAUAGGAACUGUGAGUGUGCUAGGCUUGCUGUGCCCCCCGCGUCAACGAACAAGGAGACAGAAAAGCUAUCCACGUUAUCUAGUGCGCUAAAGGGCCUCGAGCGCUCGCGUGCGUCGCCAGAAUCUGAAGGGGGGGACGUGGCGAAGGUUGAACAAGGGAAACGGAGGCCGGACAGGGAUGAAGCCAGUGAAGCACAUGCCACCUGGAUUGGAUGA